AUGAAGUUCAUCUCUCUCCUCUCUAUUGUUUUGGUCUUUGCGCUCUCUGCUGCUUAUGCGGAGAAGGAACCAGCCAUUCUUCAAUUCUUCCCAGCUCCUCGCGUAUUCCCGCCAGAGUAUAGAAUUCAUGCCAACUUUCUCUUGAGCCGCACUAGCCACGAGAUUAUCUUGAGAACCAAGGAACCAAACUGGCUUGCCUCUUAUCCCCAGAAAACACGCGGCGUGGUUGAAUACGACGAGCUUCCAAAGGGUCAAUAUCGUGCGAUUAUCAACGACAAUGAUGCGAAAACCGGUGACAAGACUUUCAGGAUCGAUCUUGUUAGACCCGGAGCAGAGUUCCACUAUGAAGGAACAAGCGUAGCCGAUGAAGACAUCGAGGAUCUCCCAGCUGAUGGAUAUGUCCACGAGCUCGAGGAUGAUGAGUUCCGUUACAGGUCCUCUCGCUUCUAUCGUAACCAAGAUAGAUACCCUUGCAAUGAGUAA